AUGUCUGCCCUGAGUAAACCUAAUACCGCCUUCAUAAAUAAGCCUUUAGUUGUGUCAUCAAAAUUUCUCGAAGCAAAGAUGGAAUUUGUCAAAAUUAUUUUAUUUCUCUCCCUUUUUUGGGGCUUGCUCGCGGAGCUUAAAUUGCCUGCUGGAACCUGCGUUUCCAAGAUCGUGAAGGGAAAACUCGUCCAAGUUGGAGAUUGCAAGAAAAACGAUGGAUCCGAAAUUGCCAGACUGAUCCAGAAAAGUCUUGAUGGAAAGAGAAAAGCUGAAGGUAAAUGUGACUUCAAAUACGAUUCGAAAUGCUUCCAAGCAGUUGUGUAUGAUGCAGGGAACGUCACCUUCAACGAUGCUGAAUCAAUUUGCAAAUCAAUGAACAUCGGAAAACCCGCGAAUAUUUAUGACCUCGCUCAUUACCAGAUGUUGCUCACUUAUCUACGUCCACUGAUCCCUGCAACUAGGAUUUGGAUUCACAUCUGGACUGGAAUGGAGUAUAUGAACAAUCAGCUUUUGCUGUCAAGUGGACGAAAUAUCAAACUAGCAACAGAAGUGUGGUAUCCUUAUUAUUAUCCAUAUCCCGAUGCAUCGUACACAAAUAUUGUUUUUUAUGUCGAUAAUCCAGAGGUUGAAUAUCAGGGAAUGUUCAAUUAUCUACCAUUAUAUUCAAUCCACGGUGUCAUCUGUGAAAUAUAA